AUGCUGCUUAAUUCUGGUUUGCGUUUUCCAAGUUUAGAGACGAUCAUAGAUCACAAUAUGGAAUUUUCGGAAUUUUAUCAGGGAACGGAGGAAAUUGAUUUGAUUUCUGAAUUUGAACGUCGUGGAGGGAUUAGCAAGACUUUGUAUGGCAAGGAGAUCGGGUACACAAUAGAGGAGUUCUCCUCGGAUGAGCUGGAAUACCCCCAUCUCUUGGAAUAUUUGCCACGUGAAGUUGAAUUCUUGAAGGCGUCUGAAUCGUUUAGAAAUUUAGGCAGUGCUGAACAAGAAGCAUUCGACUUCGUUUUGACAGCAAAGAAGAAGGAACUCGAAGGUCUCACCAUGGACCAUCAAUCACUUUCUUUGCAAAGAAAAGAUAUCGCUUUGAGCCAGCGUUCAGACUAUAUGGAUAUGUUGUCAUCAUCUAAUUACGGGGGAAUUGAAACGAUGCAUAUAAACUCGUACAACACUGAAUCCAUUGACCGGAAACAAGAUGAAUUGCUCGAUACAUAUCGUGUACAAAAACGAGAGGAAUUUCUCAUUACUUCUUUUAGCAGAAAAUUCGAGUGUACUGAAUCAAGGAUGAAGUUGCAGCAGAGUUUAUCGAUUUUGUCAAAGAGCAAUCCCUCACUUGAGCAAGCGGCCAUCAUGAUUGCACAUUCUCUUGACAAGAGAUGUAUUUCUUGUUUGAAACAAAUGAGCAUCAAGCACAGUAAUACUCGCGAGGCCAUAUUGGAGAAAGUUAGGAAAGUAAGAACCGAAAGGUUGGCAGAAAGGAGCCUUGCCUCUGAAAACAAUGCCUGCUGCGCUUUUUUGUUGGUCUGUAUCGUUCACUCGCCCAACUUUGAAAAUCAUCCGAACUAUGACGUGAUUCUAGAAAUGUUCGCUUUGUGGCAUGGCUCUGCUAUACACGGCGGCUUUUACUUGAGUGAACUUGAUUGA